CAUCUCAACUGCUGCCCUGAAGACCCUACGAGAGAUAAAAUGGAAUGCCCCACUCCUCCUACCCUUCACUGACGACGUGAAGCGAUUGAACCUGUACCUCCUUGACCGGCAGCGGGAGUACUUGGAUGGGUUAUCUGCCCACCCUUCUCCAAAGCAGUGGUCAAUGCUGGCCAAGGUCACCCUCACACAGUUGAUCCUCUUCAACCGCAGGAGGGAAGGUGAGGUGUCCAAGAUGCGGCUAUCCUCAUUUGAAUCACGGCACACAGCUGACCUGCAGGGUGACGUGGCCCAGGCCCUCUCGGAGAUGGAGAAGGCUCUCUGUCACCACUUCACCCGUAUUGAGAUACCUGGUAAAAGAGGCAGGAAGGUUCCCGUCCUGUUAUCCCCAUGCAUGCAGAAAGCCAUGGAGAUCCUGACCGAGAAGAGGGCAGAGUGUGGUGUCACCCCUGAAAAUUUCUACAUGUUUGCCAGGCCAGCCGCCUUAUCACACUUCAGGGGAUCCGACUGCAUUCGUCUCUAUGCCCGGGAGUGUGGGGCCAAGCAUCCCGAAGCACUGUCCUCCACCCGCCUCCGGAAGCAUGUAGCCACCCUUUCCAGGGUCCUCAACCUAAGCGACACCGAGAUGGACCAGCUAGCCGAUUUCCUCGGACAUGACAUACGGGUGCAUAGACAGUAUUAUCGUCUUCCAGAAGGUACCCUGCAGCUGGCCAAGUUAAGCAAGCUCUUUGUGGCCCUGGAGCAAGGGAGAAUGGCUGAGUUCAGGGGCCGCAGUCUGGAGGAGAUCUCCAUUGAUCCAGAUGGUAAGUAUCACUGGACAAGUGUCUCCAGGGACUGACACUGUAAGUGGGCUGGUGUGACGGGGUUUACUGUCUUUCUCUAUUUCCAGAACCAAUCCAGGUGGCAAGUGAUGACUCUGGGGAUGAGCCAGAGAGGCAAGCCAGUGAGGUGACAGUGGUGCACACCGAGAAAGAAGCAAACAGUGUGGCAGUGGAGGGAGCCAUUCCUAAAGGUGACAGCAGAGGUGCUAAGAGAAAACCAUGGACCCCAGCGGAAGUCAGAGCCGUUGAAAGACACAUGAUGCGGUUCAUCCACUCCUGCAAGGUUCCGGGCAAGAAGGAUUGUGAUGCGUGCCUACGGGCUGAAACCCAAGCACUGAAGGCUCGGAACUGGCUUUCAAUUAAAUUCUACAUAAAGAACAGAAUAACUGCGAUAAAGAGAAAGAACAUGAACUAAAUAAAUAAUAAAUAAGUAAACAAACACAUGCAUCCAUAC